AUGGCAGCUGCUGCUCCCCAGGCGCCCCAAGCGCAAGGGCGCCGCGCAGCGAUAGCCUCUUGCAUGUUCAUGCUGGUACUCGCGACUGCCAGUCUUUCAGCAGCACAGACGAUCCCAAAGCCCGCCCCCAAGGCCUCUCCUGCUGCUGCCACCCCUGGCUUGACCUACACCAUUGACAACACGCCCAACAACUUCCCAAUCACGUUCACUGACUUUGCUGCCGUCCCCAAGCCCGCCGCCUGCAAGUCGGGGCCGAGGACGAAGCGCCUGCCCGCCACCAAAGACACCGUUCACUGGGGAUACUGGUAUGGCGGCGCCAAGCCCGCGGCGGUCGUGGCCUCGGGUGACACCAUCACUGUUGAGAUGCUGACUCACCAGGCGGGUGACGCCGCAGAUCUCAUGAUCCAGGGUGACAAGCCCGUUGAGGCCAUCUACCAGUGGACCAAGGACAACAUGACAAUCCCGUUCCGCGGCUACUCGGGCCGCGGUGACGGCAAGCACAUCCUGACUGGCCCCAUCCACAUCUGCGGCGCGGAGCCAGGGGACACUGUCAAGAUCGAGAUCCUGGACCUGUACCCCCGCCCCAACCCCCUGACCAACAAGACGUACGGGUCGCAGGCCGCCGCCCGCUGGGGCUGGCAGUUCAAGACCGGGUUUGCAUCGGGCUUGCCGCGGGAGGUCGUUAACAUUUACGAGCUGGUCAAGUCGCCCCGCGCUGGGGACUCCACCAUUAUGUACGCCGCCCCGCGCUUCUCUUUCGCAGCCACCCAGGAUGAUCCCGCCAACGUCUCAGACAUUGUGAUCACCACGCCCUGUCAGCCUGAUGAGUAUUCGGUGCCCCGCACGUACCCUGGAUUCGGCUACACCCUCAAGAACCCUGACCGCCUGUACCCCGCCAUCGGGAAGGUCCCCUGCGUCAACGGCACCCAGACCUGGCCCCGCAUCGUCCUCGGCGGCAUGGUCCGUCCCAACUCUGCGCCGCGCAGCACCAGCGUAAACGGCAAGUUCCGUGUGCCGAUCAACCUCCACAUCGGCAACAUUGGCCUGGCCCAGCCCAUCAGCAUUCCCUUCACGUCGACCACCCCCACCAACACGGGCAACAACCUGGACAACCGCCGUCUGGGCAAGGGCGCAACCCUGUACCUUCCUGUCAAGGUCUACGGCGGCCUCCUGCAGAUGGGCGACUGCCACGCGGCGCAGGGUGACAGCGAGUAUGACGGCACCGCCAUUGAGACCUCCAUCACGGGAGACUUCAAGAUCACCCUCCUCAAGGCCGCCACGUGA